GGUUUCAUUUGGCCCAAUUUCUUACUUUCUCAAUCGCCAGACCUUCUGUCGAGAAUGGUGCAGCCUUGCAACGAUAUGUGCUGAGCAUUCGAAUGAGCUUGGAGUUUCGGGCAGAUUGGCCAAAGCAGGCUUUAUGUGAUGCCAGGUCUGGCACCUGUUUGGAAGGGGAGGACCAGAUAAUUUUUGAGCAUGAUUCGGAAGGCCUUAUCAGGCUUCACUGGAUGAACCCUUUGCCUAAGCCAGCGUGGUUGCAGCACGGCGGAUACCAAUGCGACAUGUGCUUAAACCCGGACAUUCGCCUGGGCUACCAACAUGUCACCGAAGACAAUGCCAGGGACCACUCAAAAUUGCUGGAGCAACGUACUGGCUAUGAUUUGUGCGCAGGUUGCGCUGCACAGCACGUGGCGGCAAAUCAGCGUAAAAUCAAGCAGUGGGUUCACAGCGUCACCUUUGGUUGGCAGAGCUUCCGGCGCUUUGAAGAUGAUCAGACAGAUAUUCGACUUUACGUCCGCCAAGCCCAGAACGCAGCAGAGAUCGAAGUGGAAGGAAGUGGAGGGCUGCAUUGUGCCGUGGCUGUGAUGUCGAUGGAGGAUGAAUUGCCAAAAGCUUGGAUGUCCAUGGGCAGGAAGCUUGCGCAUGUGCCCCAACAAGCUGCAGCGCCCACAACCCUUGCGGUGAAAUUCCGCUGUGCAAAAAGUGGCGAUGAGAUUUCCCUCAGUGGCUCCCAACGAGGUCGCUUGGCCUUGACCCGACAGAGGUCCAAAUCAAAUGCUUGUGAUGAACAACAGCUACAUGCUUUGCAACUUGCCAAAAGCGCUGCGCAAGAAGGACUUUGGCACUUGAGCUUCCCUCCGCUCAGCGAGGGCGCUUCACUGACAGAGCCACAACUGCUGGAGGAGCUACGCGUACUGGCAUCUCGAGCAGGUUGUGUUCACAAUAUUCCACGAAAGCCAUCCGAUGAGAUGGAGCUCACACGCACCGCGAGCACAAGCAGUGACGCAGAACGAGCGGAAUCAAGUUUUGCAUCGCAUGGUUCAGGUACCAAGGGAGGCUUUUUUGAGCCGCUCUCAUCAGAUGUUUGCGCAAUUUGUCUUGGCUCUUUGGGUGAGCAGACAUGGAUUCGCGGGGCGCCUUUGCAAACAAGGAACUGCAACUGGAACUACACCCCGGGAGGAAAAAGAAAAGCAACAUGUGGACAGG